AAAACAUCACAUUUAUUAUAUGGCUGGCUCAACGAGCGCACAAUAAGAGUGCUAAUACGAGCGCGCGUAUUGGCUACCUCAACGCAGGCCAAGAUCAUAGGCCUGUCUGCGCCACUCGGGAUUUUUCGUUCCGCUCCCACAAGAAAAACUUCUUUUUGUCAUAUGAUAAAUCCUUUUUUGGCCAAGCUUAUUCGAUCACGAUGGCUAGACAUUGGCCCCGCUCAAAACACACAAAAAAACUUGGCUAAAAUGUGCAGCCAUAUUGACCCCAUGCACGCUUGAAAGUGCUGUGAGACGGGACCUACGGUUUUACGUCCUUAUCCGAGAGGACUAGAAAGUCUAACCGCUUGCAGAUAUCAUUACAAAGGCAGCACUUUCUUCUCAGUUGUUGCUCCCGCAGGGAUUUCACCUAGAGGGCAAAAUCCCGAGGAGACAUCUUAGUAGCUCGCGCGUAUAUAUAGGAAAGUACUUACAGUUGAAAUAUGCAGUCGGUAUACCAGAAAGAAUCUCGAUUUGCUUGAUAGGGGUCGCACGGAAUCUUUAGGUAAUGAUGACGUUCCGCAAGUCAAAAGAAAUGGUUAGAAUGACGUAAAACAGAAAAUGCCCUAAGGGGCCGCUUAGGUUAUCGAUUUUGUGACACUUAUCAUACAGUCAUACUUCGAUACGCUUUUGUGUUACUUUUGUUCAAUGACCUUCUAAGGAGCAGCUGUUUUGAAAGUUAUGGACCGAAAGACAAUGCGAACGCGAACGCGAACGUGAAUUGAUCAAACCUUCAAUUUCUAGGGCUUACUUUCCGGCUAAUAAAAUGAACUGUAUGUAAAAAGUGCAAGAGAAAUUACAACUUCAAAUCAAAUCUUUUCCUGUAGUUUAAAAAACUUUCGAAACCGAGAAUGUUUGAUCAAAGCUGCGUAAGUCGAUAGGAAAAAGUGCAUGGAACCUUUCGUUUCCUGUUUUUAUCUCAGCUAUUGUAUGGAAUAUGUGUGAAAACUUUCAAUAUGAAGCGGUAUAUUUCAAAGAACCCUGACACAAAGACCAUUAAUACAAUUGAACAACAUACAGAACCAGGGCAUCUGUAGUGUCAACAAUUACUAGAUUAAAGACCCUAAGUGUUGGUCCGGCCUUGCCUAGUCCCUUGGUCUUAUUAUUCCGCGCAGCCAAAGCGGUUCGCGUCACGUGGUCCAAGCGAAGUGAAUUGACCGAGAGGGAUUGGGAAAACGCCGGGACUAUAGGCAAGGUCCGGUCGGGGUUUAAAUCCGCGACCUCCCACUCAGCUGACCGGCGCUCUCUCAACUGAGCUAACCCGGUCGUCUGUUUGAUUCUUUCAGGACUGGGCGGGUAAAGUCAGCAUUGGAAAGUCUUAUGAAAAAGCAGCUGACGGAAAGUGGGUGGAAACUAAUCCGCUUUAUGGCGUUAUCGACGAAUUUUAUUUAUUCGAACGCCCGCUCAAACAAAACGAAAUCACCCUGCUGGCACAGACGUGCAAUUAUGAAAGAGCAGUGGUUCACUACGGCUUUGACCUAUUCACUGGUACAACGGUGUAUGACCAGUCGGGUCUGGCGAACAAUGGCUUAGCUAUCAAUGGGACGACUACGUCUCUUAAUGGGACGUGUGGCAAGGCCGUUAAUAUGACCUUGGGGCAAAUAAGGCUGCCUGGAGAUGCGUUCAGGGAGAAACCUCAAAAAGCCAUCACGAUAUCAGUAUGGGUCAAGCUACAAACAAACAGGUACUGUAAUAUUGAUGCUUAUACUUGGUGGAGAUGACCGUAUACGGUUUGCAAAUAUUCGGCCUGUUAGGUUCCAGAAUAACUCCCUGAUAAGAAACAAUUCAAGUGAGACCGCGAUGUCCCUUAGCAAGAGAUCGGGUAUUCAAUCCACUUUUUUUUUUGUCAGUAUAAUGAUACUUGUCAUGAUUUCUAGCAAGUAGGGUUAUUUUAUUGUUGCUUGAUUAUUGAGUAACUUUCUGACUCCCUAGACCUUACGGUUUUCAUCAACCCCCAUUCAUUUAUCAAAUUUAUAGGUCAGUCCGUAAUUUGAACAGGGUUAUGAAGCAUGUUCAAGCUUCUGUGGGGGUGGUCUAAAUAUCAAGCAGAUUCAGCAAAGACACCGUGGCGGCAGAGACGACGGCGCGUUCAGUCCUUUCUGCGCGCUUUAGCGUUCUUAUUUGAGGUUGUGCUAUCUUUACGAAAUCUACCUUUUUGUUGUUUUCUCAACCUAUCCCCAUCAUCUGUCACACACCUCAGACUAUCCAAGGGUAAAACAACUCAUUUUCGUUUUUCGACACCCUAUUUAGGGUGCGUUCGUUCGAUCAUAUUCCGGAAUAAGUAUGUUGCGAACCUCUUCAACCAUAUAUUUAUUUGACCACUGGAAUGUUUCAUUCAUCUUAAUUUUUUAUGUUCAUCAGAUUGCUGGAUUUCACUAUGCAAUGGAAGUCAAAGCAAGUGAUUUUGUACUGUUUAAAAGACGAGCAGGAGUGUAUUAUCAGAAAAGCUUGACGCGAAGCCGAGAGUUUUAUACCUGCUGAUAAUACACGACUGCGAGUUUUUUUAACAGCUUCAAAAGCUCUGAUACAGAUCAACUCAUUCUUGCGCUAAUAUUUAGAUUUGGGGUGAUUUUGGUCUAAAAAACUGGACGUAAAGUUUGGCCGUGUCUUUAUCAGAUAUGAAGAUAUUAAUUUCCUUUGGUUUUUUCUUUGUAAAUUAUUAAUUAAGUUUUUCAAUUAGAGUAUAUUCCAUGCAUUCUUCCGAGAUACUGUUAAUUGAACGAGCCCUUUGUUUAAGGCAGAUAACAUUAAAUUGUUUUUCCCUGCUACGAAUUUCUCUCUAGUUCCCUCUUAGAAACAUAAUUCAUAUCUUUUUCUUCUCUGGGUAAUUUUUCGCAGGGGACGUCACGAGAUAUUCAACACGAUCGGUAGCCAUUCAGAUCACAAACACGAUCAGUACGACUUCGCAGUGCAGGAUGGGAAGGUUAUCUGGUAUCACCACCAAGAAAAUGACAAGGAAGUUUUCAAUGUCGUCACCCUUCCCUGCAUUCCGGCGCAUAACUGGACGCACAUAGCCGUCACGUAUGAUUCGCAAGCCAUGUUGGCCAUAGUUUACGUGAAUGGAAUUCUUGUGAAGGCAAAGUCAGCGAGUGGAGAUCUUUCCCAGGACUGGGGUCAUUUUGCGGGCAUUGGAAGACAUUUUUACGAAGGGACUUUUUUGUCAGGACUAAUUGACGAAUUUAUAGUUUAUAACUAUGCACUCAACGACACGAUUAGGUAUCUGGCGCAAGGUCGCUGCUGGUGA